UAUCGGAUCUCCCAGCAGCAGAAAUGAUGAGAAGGUUUCAGAUGUUAGCUUAAUAAACGAUGGAGCCUGUUUUAUUCAGGGUAAAAGGUAAAAAAAAACACCUGCCGUGCUAUGAAAUAAUGCAUUCUACAAGCUGUACGACAAUGGAAACACUUGGAAAUAUACUUUAAAAGUCGUGUAGCUAUAAGCAAACUCAUAUUUUUCUCCGUUACCAAGGAAACAUUUCUCCAACCGGAAGAGAGCUCUUAAUAGUCUUUAGGCUACUUGAAGGGCGGGUGUGAGACCCCCAGACACAGGAGUGAUCCAGCAGUGGGGUCCAGGUGUAGGAGUGCGUUAUCACCAUGGGGAAACAGAACAGCAAACUGCGUCCAGAGGUUCUGAAUGAUUUGCGGGAAAACACAGAAUUCACAGACCAUGAGUUGCAGGAGUGGUACCGUGGCUUCCUUAAAGAUUGCCCCACUGGUCACUUAACUGUGGAUGAGUUCAAGAAAAUCUAUGCCAAUUUCUUUCCAUAUGGGGAUGCCUCAAAAUUUGCAGAACAUGUAUUUCGUACCUUUGACACCAACGGUGAUGCAACUAUUGAUUUCCGAGAGUUCAUCAUUGCACUGAGUGUGACAUCUCGUGGAAGUCUGGAACAGAAGCUUCGCUGGGCCUUCAGCAUGUACGACCUGGACGGGAACGGAUACAUCAGCCGAGCCGAGAUGCUGGAAAUAGUGCAGGCAAUCUACAAAAUGGUGUCCUCUGUAAUGAAGAUGCCGGAGGAUGAGUCGACCCCAGAGAAACGCACUGACAAGAUUUUUAGACAAAUGGACACAGACAAUGAUGGAAGGCUUUCCCUGGAGGAAUUCAUCAAAGGUGCCAAGAGUGAUCCCUCCAUUGUACGACUGCUUCAGUCUGAUCAGAGCACACCUCGCUAGACGUAAAAGCUGCAACUUCCACAGAAAAGCAUGUCACAUAUUCACACAUAUUCACACCAGGACGAUCAGUGAGUUGCUCUCCAAGGCACGAACUGCAUUUGAGUAACAAAUCGUCUUCAUACUGUAUAUGUGAUGUUAGUCGCAAAAUCUGCUCAGUUUUUGACUUAUUCUGAUGCAUUCACAGAUUUAGUUCAACCUAAUACCUUUUGUUAAUGUUAAAUGUGUAAUUGAGGAUCAUUUUAAUCAGCUGGUGUCAAAUAAUUUCCUAAAAUAACUCAUUCUGUUUUGCUAUAUAUCAGACAGUCAAGACAACCAGUUCAUUCAUAUAUUACCAUAAACUGAGAAUUUUGUGGCAAACGCAUUGGCUAUUUUUGAUGUUGUUCAAAAUGUUGUUGAAAUAUUGAUGUUGACUGUAGAAGAACUAAUCUGAAUAUGCCACAGCUGUUAGAAGAAGCCACCCAUUUUUCUUUUUUUUUAAACUCUAUAUGCAACACAUAGAUAAGUAACAUAACACUUAUCUAAAGUAGUAAGUUAAAGCUCAGUCCAAAAAUCCUAUCACAAGUGUGAAGUUCAUUUGGUUCUGCAAACUUGAUUAUGUCCGUUUAUGGAAAUGGUAAAGUAUAUAAUUCAGUUAUUCUUAAAUUGAAUUUGUGUGAAACUUCGGUUUGUCUUCAGACUAUUAAUCGUUGCCAGCCUACGAAAUUCCUGCCACUAAGCUAUGCUUCGUGUGAUUUGCCAAAACUAGUAUUUAUGUUGAUUGCACCAGAUUUCUUUGUUCAUUAACAUAGUUGUCUGCAUAGUAAACAAGGCAUGUGCAUUUGAGCAAAAAAGCUAUAUUGCUGUAUCUCAGUUUAGUCAACUAUAGAUAUGUAUGUGAGCUGCUUUCCAGCUGAAUGCUGUAUUUGUAUGAAUUAUGUAUCGAGACGUCAUGCAACCAACCCAUAAGACAGUGAAUAAUCUUUGAGAUACAUAAAUAAAACUUAUCUAGAAUAAAAUGCAGUCAUUUUAA